AUGUCAGGCAAACAAUUAAACACUACCGAUAGAGUUCUCAUCUGCGGUGUCGAUACGGAUAUUUCUGAUUAUGAUAUCAAAAACGAACUGUUAAAAACUUAUCAAGGUGUUAAGCGUGUUCAACGAUGGUAUUAUAAAGAUGAAACUCCGAAAGACCUUGUACAAGUUAAUUUUACAUCACCAAAACAUGCUGAAAAGUUCCUUGAAGAUGGGUGUUUUAAUAUUAAUAAUCUUCGCUGUCUACUGACACCUUUAGAACCAACUAUGCGUCUAAAGAACACCAUCGAAAGCAACAAUGGAUCAAAUGGUCAAUCAAAAAUAUUGACCGAAGAACAACAAGUAACUGAUAAAAUUCUUGUCCAUGAUGUUCCCACCAACAUUACUGAUGAUGAUCUUAGACAAGAACUGUCAAAAGUUUACCGUGGUAUUAAACAUGUCAAACGAUGGUAUUUUCAGGAUGAAUCACAAACUCCAACGGAACGUGUCCAAAUUGAUUUCGUAUCACCCGCAAACACCAAAAAUAUCCUGGAAAACGGUUUCAUUAACGUCGGUCAAUUUUCUUGUCCCAUAACAAGUUUAAAGCCAAGCAUGCGUCUACGUAAGAAACUUGAAAGUGACAAUGGAUCAGAUGGUCAAUCAGAAAUAUUGACCGAGGAACAACAAGUAACUGAUAAAAUUCUCGUUCACAAUGUUCCCACCAACAUUGCUGAUGAUGAUCUUAGAAAGGCAUUGUCAAAAGCUUACCGUGGUAUUAAACAUGUCAAGCGAUGGUAUUAUAAAGAUGGAUCAGAAGCUCCAAUGGAACGUGUCCAAAUCGAUUUUUCAUCACCAGAAAACACCAAAACUAUCCUGGAAAACGGUUUCAUUGAUAUCGGUCAAUUUUGUUGUUCUGUGACAGCUUUAAAACCAAGUAUGCGUCUACAUGAGAAGCUCGAAAGCAAUAGUGGAUCAGAUUAUCAAUCGCAGGCACUCACUGAACAAGAUAUACUGCACACAUUUGAAGAGCAAAAACAGUAA